AUGGUUAAAGCUGUAAAAAAACAAAAGAAAACUUUAAAACCAUCAACCAAGGUUAUUACCAUCAACUUAAGCAAGUUGACUCAUGACGUAUGUUACAAAAGAAAAGCCCCAAGAGCUAUUAAGGAAAUCAAAAAUAUAGCAGGAAAAUUAAUGCACACAAAGGAUGUACGUUUGGAUGUAAAACUAAACAAGUUUAUCUGGUCUAAGGGUAUCCGAAACCCACCUAAAAGAGUCAGAGUUAAAAUUGAACGUGUAAGAAAUGAAGAUGAAGACUCUAAAGAAAGAAUGUAUACACUUGUACAACAUGUUAUGGUUGAUUCUUUUAAAGGAUUAGUUAAUGAAUGUGAAACAAACGAAUAA